CACAACUAUAUAAAGGGGACUGAAGAGUCACAGGGAACAAAAUUACCUGCAGCAUCCAUUCUGCUAGCAAGCAGAGGGACUGUGUGAAGAUGUGGAGAUUAACAUGUGUCACGUUGACCCUGCUCAUGUGUGCCAAAGGUUCACUUUCUCAGUUGAAUGUUUGUGGACAGGCUCCUCUAAACACCCGUAUUGUUGGUGGUGUGAAUGCACCUGAAGGGUCGUGGCCAUGGCAGGUCAGUCUGCAUCGCUCUGGAUAUCAUUUUUGCGGAGGCUCCCUCAUCAACAAUGAAUGGGUGCUGACGGCAGCUCACUGUUUACCAGGUGUCAGCGCAUCCAGUCUGCGUGUGUAUUUGGGAAGGAGGACACAGCAGGGAGCCAAUGCCAAUGAGAUCAGCAGAACCGUGAGAACGAUAAUCGUUCACUCCUCUUAUAACAGCAACACAAACAACAAUGACAUUGCUCUGCUCAGGCUGUCCUCCACAGUCACCUUCAAUAACUACAUUAGACCCGUGUGUCUGGCGGCCCAGAACAGUGUCUUCCCUUCUGGCACCAGCAGCUGGAUCACAGGCUGGGGAGAUAUUCAAUCUGGAGUGAGCCUACCUUCUCCUGGGAUUCUGCAGGAGACUAUGAUUCCAGUGGUGGACAAUGUUCAGUGUAAUACUCUGCUGGGUUCUGGAUCUGUUACUAACAACAUGAUGUGUGCUGGUUUAACACAGGGAGGCAAAGACACCUGCCAGGGGGAUUCUGGUGGUCCGAUGGUGAGCAAGCAGUGUUCAGUGUGGGUUCAGUCUGGUAUCACCAGCUGGGGUUAUGGGUGUGCUGAUCCCAACUCUCCUGGAGUUUACACCAGCGUGUCUCGAUAUCAGAGUUGGAUCACAAACAACAUUGGACAGAACCUGCCAGGAUUUGUCACCUUCAAUCCCUCAAACUCAUGCUCUUCCAGCCUAACCUCAACCUCCUGUAGCGGGAGAUGCAAUGAGAAGUACAACAGUAACUUCCGCUGCAACUGCAAUACUAACUGCAUUUUAAACUGCUGCAAAGAUUAUAGACAGCUUUGUGCAAGCUUAUAAUCCUGUCACUUGCACAUAAAUCAGAUGAUCUUCAUCUGCUUGUUCUGCGAGGAGAUUUUACUUCACUACCACUUUGGAUGAGUUGCACAGUCAGAAACGAGCAACAACACAAACACAGUCAAAGAACUGCUGCACUGACUUCACUCAGGGGUGUAAAUGCAUAUUGUUUAUGUUCAACAUACUGUAUGUUUAACAGUGCCUACCACACUCCAUUAGUUGAAUUCUUGUCUCUCUUUUUUUCUCUUUCUAGUUCUUGAAUGUCAUUAUUUAGCGUUAAUUGUAGGCACGGGCAAUUUUUUCCUUAAUUUAGCAUUUUACUUUUAUAUAAAAAGUUAUAUAAUUACCUAAUGUUUAAAAUUGAUUUUUAUAAUUUUUGAUUUCUGCUGGCAAAUAAGUGGGUACUUCUUUAAAGGUGUCAUGAACUGCCUUUUUUUCAUUAUUUCUUACUGUUCUCUGAGGUCCACAUCAGGGGUGGACUUACCCAUUAAUCAAAGAUCAGUGACUACCUUGGGCCCCCUAAAAUGCUUUUCAUAUACAAGAUGAACUUUAAGCGCAGACAUGCUAAUGGUUGCUGUUUAUGAUUAUUAUUGUCACGACAACUGACUGUGUGUCCACGUUGAACGUGCUUCUUGUGUAUCCUGCUUGUAGCAAAUGAAAAUAUUAUGCCUCUAAAGCUGUAAUUAAAUAUUGAGCAACAGUGCGUAUUCUGUGUUUAUUGUUUUAAAUGCCACUUACUCAUUUAUGAGAAGGACCCAAUUAGAGGACUCAUUCACAGUUACUUUUUUGGUUGAUAUAAUCCUUAGGUGUGUAAAUGUAAAGCCUAUCUAUGACCAGCAAUAAAUCUUGUCCAUCCCAA